AUGGCAGCGAACCAAAGAAUGAAUUUCACACCGUUUCAGUCUUCCACCUACUUUGAACUCGGGGGCUUGAAUCUCUUUGGUAGCCUGAUCGACCCGUUCUUUGCUAACAUGAGUCUAAAAGAUCGCUACUAUCUAUCUUACUUCGCAGAAGGACUAUGCCCACAACUCGUCGCCAUAGACCUACCCGGCCACAAUCCGUUCCCAAGAUUACUACCAAUAGGGGCUUGUAGCCCUGUUUUGCAGUACACCAUGGUCACUGCUGCGGCUCUUCAUAUGUCGAAUGUUCUCAGGCCAAGUUCUGACCAUAACCCCCAAGAUAUCAAUGCGGGCUACUGGGACCCAUCUCGAAGAGCCAUGGUGGACGCAUUAGAGGCCAAGCAGAGAGCACUCUACCUUCUCCGUAUCGCUUUCCAAAACUUGGAAGCCGAGGACAAGGAUAUGGUGCUUACAGCGGCCAUGCUUCUUGUCACCGCUGAUAUGAUCGACUCGGGGAAGCACGGAUCAAAGGCGCAUUUAGAUGGUAUUGGGUGGCUGCUGAGCCAUGCGCAACCCGCGACGACCGUCGGCGAGAUGCUCAAGGAUUUUGUAAUCUCCGAUUGCUAUAUAUUUUAUGUUUUCGCUUUGACCUUUAUGGACCCAAUACCUAAAUCGUCAGUCGCCCUUAACAGUACACUCGCCUCCUCGGCGAUCCACUAUGCCGCCCGCAAUAGCUUCAUUUGCUGCCCAGCUGAGAUUCUACAAAUAUUAUGGUCAACAGCAAUGAUACUACAAGAACCAACUGAAGACCACACUAUCAAGACUAACAAAGGAGUCAAACUCAUAAUGGAGACCAUGGCUUUUGAUGUUGAAAUGUGGUCACACGAUAUUCAACAUGUUCCAAAAGGUCGACAAGUAACCGAUAUUCAGAGCCGGAUACAUACAGGUUACACGCAUCAAACCGCAUGCUGUUUAUACAUCAUGUAUGCCAUCCCUUCAGUCAGAGACUUCUUACCAGAAAAUACAGAGCUUGAAUUGGAACAAGGUCUGAUGUUUCAUCUCCGAGCAAUCAAUGACGAAGAUCCAAAUUUCAAAACGUCGUUUUGGCCCACGUUUGUAGCUGGAGCUCAGACUCGCGAUCGCGAACAGCAAGUUUGGAUUAUAGAUAGAAUGAAGAGACAGUCGCAGCUCUUUCCUUGGGGGUUCCUUUAUACUGCUAUGGAUACACUUCGGAUUAUUUGGCAGCAACGGAAUAGUGCUCAGUCGGAACUUAGCUGGUUGGAGAUUUUGAGGAACCCUCAAGUAACAUUUCUGAUUGUUUAA